AUGUACGAUCCAGAAUCUCGAUCGCGGCUGAAAGUGAUUUUCCUUUAUUUGCCUUUUCAAACUUUUUUUUUCAGGGUAGUCGACUGUGGAAUGGAGUAUUCAACCGACCAACCAUGGAAAUCGUGGCAAUUUUCAUUCUGGCGCUGAUUUUAAUUUGGUGUGUGUGUUUUCGUGGGCCUGAUAUUCUGGCUCUAUGUUUCAAUUAUGGCGGACUAAAUUUUCAAUUUUGUUAAUAAACUUUUUUUAAAUGAUACUUCAAUACUGAUUAUACAUUGGAAGCAACGAAAUCUGAAACUUUCAUGAAGAAUACAAAGAAAAAAAUUAUAUAAAUCUGUGCUCCUAUCGGCAAAAAGAAAUCGAAAAAAAGUUAGUCUUCAGAUGUUUCUCUGCGAGAUACUGCAAUUCUCACGAUUAUUACAGGUUAUUCAUUGCCGUUCAAAUGAAUACUUUUACAAGACGAAUACAAGCAAAUGUGAGUGACAAAAGUACAUGUGCUGCAGUAACGCCUCCUGUUUUGGGUAAGCCUCGCGGAGGAGGCCUCUGCGUGGUUUUUCUCGAGGUUUUUUGUGGACAGCCAAGAUCCGAGUGUUACGUGGUACCACGCUGGUUCAAGUUUUUGAGAACAUCAUGAACGGAUCUCCACAAAAAAUUUGCAGCUGCGUUCAACCCAACCUGGUAAGAUUGGUAUUGGGUUUUCGAGCCGACACUCUUCAACGCUCCAAUCCUUCAUUUUUAUUCAGGCUGCCAUUCAGAGAAAAUACUUUGAAAAUCUUAGCUUCCAAAAGUUCAACUGUUAAGGAAGGAUUCUAAAUGGUUAAGAUUUGUUUUUUUCGAAACUCUGCGAGAAACUAAAAUUAUGGGAAACAAACGUUGGGCAUAUUAAGAAUUUCAUAAGCGUUUUUCAAUGCAUCAAAAAGCACUUUUGACUGAUUUUACUAAGGAAAAAAAUAGAGUCCCUUUUAAAACCUUCAAUAUAAAAUCCGUUUUCUCCCCAUGAACAUAGUUAAGAGUUUCCCAGGCUAUAAAAUAUUAAUUUUGUUGUCCUUUAAUGGGGAAAUUCAACGCGCUGUGAAGAAGCGACCAUUUUAUGGGCCUCACUAGGCCUGAAAUCCAAACGUCGUGUUUGAGAUAUUUCACUGCGCCCUUUUAGGACCACGUCUCUCAUUUCUCUUAUUACCCCAGAAAUUCAUUUUUUUUUUCUUUUAGUGAGAAUAAAAAGCUUGCGAAACGAAAACGAAUUAAAAAUCCAUUUUAUCAAUAUUCAGUCAAGUGUUUAUUUCAUUUCGCUUUUUUCCAAAAUUUUCUUUUUUCCUCUUAAAAUUCGUUGCCUCAAAAAAGACCUGUAUUUACUUGUUUCAGUCGAUGGCUCAACAUUCGACUACUCUUUUGAUCUUCCUGUUUUUAAGGUAAGUUUAUUUAUGAACUUUUGACAACUGUUGAAAACUUAUUUAAAAAACUCGUUUUUCAGCUCACUUAUUUAUUCCUGCGCCGGAUAUUUCAUAGAAGAACAAGAAGGACCGAAGUACUGUCACAGCUGUAUGGACAACAAGUUUGCAGAUGUUAUAUUUUUUUUUAUCGUUCAUUCCAACAAGAACAAUUUCAGGUCGUUGUUGAAACAUUCUGGAAAAAUAGUACAGCUCCGGAAGGAAUCUUCGCAAACAGAACGUCCUGCAAAAAAAGAGUCUACGAGAAGGUGGGACGACUGUUCCGAUAUUUUUUACUACAUGUCACUCAGAAUUUUCAAAGUUGUUUCCUUGCAAAUUCGCAAUUUUCUACGUAAUGUUUGCUGACGUGAAAUUUGAACCAUCUGACGCGCUCACUUUUUUUUCAAAAUGGAAUGGAAUUUAGCCGAGUUGUAAAACGAAAGAACAUUAUAAAAAAGAGCUAGGAAGUGAAAAAAAAUUAAAACAUAUUUUAGAUUCGCUGCGAUGAGGCUUGCGUCGAAAUAACCCAGAGUGAUAGCGGCCCAGGUAAUUUUCUUUUCUCGCACUAACAAAUGAGCCGAUUUCACUUGAUCCUUUGGGUUUUUUUGACAAUAGAUGAAAUUUCAAAUGCAAUCAAAUCAAUCAAAUCAUUUAUUUUGUUGGUUUAGUCAUAGAUGUAUCGACUAGGCGGUGAACAAAAAUAAAGGGAUUUCGAAAUGAUCUUGCGCAAACUUCGAUUUUUUGAGAAAAAAAAAACUUCAAAAGUUCUUUAUGCCUAGACAAAAAAUAUCGAAGCGUUUUUUUUGAAAAAACCAGAUUAAAAAUGAAUUGGAUGAUCAAAUCUCCGAUUUAGACACUCCUAAAUGAAAUUCUAAAGUUUUAACUUCCAGAUGCGAGUUACUACCUUGGUUGCUCAGAUGUCCUUUCUACACUUCUGCCGGAAAGCCAAUGCCAAACGGAUAAAACUGAUUUCACUUGCGAAUAUGACAUAAAAGGUUUUUAGUUUGCAAAUUGAUGUUCACUGUUUGUUCCGAAGAUUCGACAUCAUGGUUUUUCGUCUUCAGCUUCAAAACGCCUUUCAGAGAAGAAAUGUUUGAAACAUUCGACGAAGGAAUGGAGAAAGUGGAAAGUAGGAGAUCGAUUAUGGACCUUUUUAAUAAGAAAAUAUUUGCAGAAAAAAUCAUUCGAUCGUUCCGACGAAGAGAGAAAAUACCUUCUGACGAAACACGCGCCACCUUCCCGACUACUCCGGCACAGCCUCGCUUGAUGCCUGAAGUUGUGGAAGACCUGAGAAAAAUCGAGUCCAACAGUUCUGAGCCAACGGAAGAAUUCAACGCCGAAAUCUUUGCCAACAAAACCACUGAGGAAUCUACAAUGGAGAAAGCCGAUUUCCCUUCGAUGAUCACUUGCCUUUCGGCUGCGCUGUGUCUAUUUUUCCUGGUUGCAGGAUUAUUAACUGCUCUUUUCUUCAUCGCAAAAACCGUGAGUUAAUUUUUUUUUUUUCUGACUUUGUUGUAGUGAAGAGACUCAAGCUUGGGGCAAUUAGAGCAAAACCUAGUUCUAGUCUUAGCUUCUGAUGGCUCGAAGAAAACAUUCUUUUUCAGAAAGGAUCUCCAACGGCUGAAGAAGAAAGUAUCGAUGACGUCAUGGUCAAAACAGCACUAUCGGCUUGA